AGAUGAGGAUUGGACGGCAGCCACACUGCUACAGUGCCAAAACCCAUUCUCUGUAUUUCACACACAAAAAAUGGGGGGAGAGAGAAAGUAAUGAAAAAGACGGAAAUAGCCCAAAACGACAGUGUUUGGUGGUGGUGAUGGCGUCGUCUCCUACAGUCCUCUGACCUUUUUGUCCACAUGCCAAAAUAUCCCCUCGAAAACCCAUGCACCAUUUCGAGCUCUCCGCGAGCUGCCACGUGUCCAUUCCCGCUAUUUAAACCCCCCCUCCCCACCCCGAUCUCCUCCCUCGUCCCCAGUCCCCACCUUCCAUUCUCUCCCGUCUCUGCACUUCACCUUGCUCGCUACCUUGCUCUCAGUGAAUUCAUAGAGACGGGAAUAUGAGCAGUACAAUAGGGAAUAACUUGCUGCGUCACAGAUUCCUUCAUCCAGCAGUGCCGGAACAUCAACACAGAAUCGGCUCCUCUCCAGUUUUGAGUGGUUCAUUGUUUCACCCUCAGGCAAAAUCACAGACACGAAAAUCGCCUUUGUUGGCGGAGUUUCAAGGUGAAACGCUGAAAGUGCAGAAAAAGAAAUCACAGAUGCGAAGACAUGUUUUUUCUGGUCCUAGGGCUGUCUUAGCCAUUGAUCCCUCAUCUGAGCAGCAUGCUGAAAAUUUCAACCUUGGAGGGGAUAUUGAAUUGCAGGUUGAUGUUAAGCCCCCCACUUCCAAUAAUCUCAGAGUGAUUGAUUUUAAGGUUACAAGAGACGUCAAUGGAUUGUUUCUGCACUGGGGUGUUGUAAAGUCUGCAGAAGGAAAGUGGAUGCUUCCUCAUCGACAUCCGGAUGGAACUAAAGACUAUAAGAAUAAGGCACUUAGAACUCCAUUUGUGAAAUCUGGUUCCAACCCUAUGGUGAGAUUGGAGAUAGAUGAUCCUGCAAUUGAGGCUAUAGAGUUCCUUAUAUUUAGAGAAGACCAAAACAAAUGGAUAAAGAACAAUGGUGACAACUUCCGUGUUAAAUUACAUCCAAGAGCAAUAAAUAUCACAAAUGCCAGAGUUCCUGAAGAUCUUGUGCAGAUUCAGGCAUAUUUGAGAUGGGAGAGGAAGGGAAAACAAAUGUAUUCCCCUGAGCAAGAGAAAGAGGAAUAUGAGGCAGCACGGAGAGAACUGAUAGAGGAAAUAUCAAGGGGUGCUUCUGUAGAAGAGAUUAGAGCAAGGUUAACAAAGAAGAAUGAUAUAGCUGAGCAGAAGGAGACACAUAGACCUGAAAAACAGGGUGACAUACCCAAUGACCUUGUACAGAUACAAGCUUAUAUACGAUGGGAAAAAGCUGGAAAACCCAGAUAUCCUCCAGAGAAGCAACUUAGAGAAUUUGAAGAAGCAAGACGAGAGCUGCAACUGGAACUUAAAAAAGGUGUAACCCUUGAAGAGUUGAGGAAGAGAAUUGUAAAGGGGGAAAUAAAAACUAAGGUUUCCAAGCAAUUGGAAAAUAAGAGUUAUUUCACCAUUGAAAGAAUUCAGAGGAAGCCAAGAGAUAUAGAUCAACUUAUCAACAGAGAUGUUUCUCAGUCUGGAUCUGAGUUGCAACAGAAUGUGUCACAAUACCAAACAUUAUCAAAGAUUGAACUUUUUGUGAAAGCAAAGGAAGAAGAGGUUGAUGGCCAUGUCCUAUACAAGAAAUUAUAUAAGAUUUCUAACUGUGAACUCAUGGUACUUGUCACAAAGUCCUCUGGUAAGGUGAAAGCUUAUCUGGCUACAGAUCUCAACGAGCCUGUGAUUCUUCAUUGGGCAUUAUCAAGAAAACCUGGAGAGUGGUUGGCACCACCUGAAAAUGAAUUGCCUCCUGGAUCAACUGUUUCUGAAAAGUAUGCGGAAUCACAAUUCUCAGCCGUCCCAUCUGAUAAUCUGUCUAACAAAGUCCAAUAUUUAGAAAUUAAAAUUGAGGACGAGAACUUUGUUGGUAUGCCAUUUGUUCUAUUGUGUGGUGAAAAAUGGAUAAAAAGCAACGGAUCAGACUUUUAUGUAGACUUUAGCACUCAACCUGUUCGGGAUGUUGGGGAUGGCUGGGGGACAGCCAAGGAAUUGUUGGAUAAAAUAGCAGAUAAGGAAAGUGAAGCUCAGAAGUCUUUCAUGCACAGGUUUAAUAUUGCAGCUGACUUGAUAGAAGAAGCCACAAAUGCCGGUGAGCUGGUUUUUGCAGGAAUUCUUGUUUGGAUGCGUUUCAUGGCUACCAGGCAGCUUAUCUGGAAUAAAAACUACAAUGUCAAGCCGCGUGAGAUCAGCAAAGCUCAAGACAGGCUGACAGAUUUACUGCAGAAUGUUUACAUAAAUCAUCCGCAGUACCGUGAAUUGCUGCGAAUGAUCAUGUCAACUGUAGGACGUGGAGGUGAAGGAGAUGUGGGGCAGCGAAUACGUGAUGAAAUACUGGUUAUCCAGCGAAAAAAUGACUGCAAAGGUGGAAUGAUGGAGGAAUGGCAUCAGAAACUGCAUAACAACACUAGUCCUGAUGAUGUUGUGAUCUGUCAGGCACUGAUAGACUAUAUCAAGAGUGACUUUGAUAUUGGUGUUUACUGGCAAACCCUGAAUUCAAAUGGUAUCACAAAAGAGAGGCUUUUAAGUUAUGACCGUGCUAUCCAUUCUGAGCCAAACUUCAGAAGAGAUCAAAGAGAUGGCCUUUUACGAGAUCUAGGGAACUAUAUGAGAACAUUGAAGGCUGUCCAUUCAGGUGCUGAUCUUGAAUCUGCCAUUGCAAAUUGUAUGGGAUACAAGGCCGAGGGUGAAGGCUUCAUGGUUGGGGUGCAGGUAAAUCCUGUAGCAGGCUUGCCCUCGGGAUUUCCGGAGUUGCUUCAAUUCGUCUUGGAGCACGUCGAAGAUAAAAAUGUGGAAGCUCUUCUUGAGGGUUUGCUAGAGGCCCGGGAGGAACUUAGACCAUUACUUUCCCGACCUAACAACCGUCUGAAGGAUCUUUUGUUUCUGGAUAUUGCUCUUGAUUCUACUGUUAGGACAGCUGUAGAGAGGGGGUAUGAGAACCUGAAUAAUGCUAGCCCUGAGAAAAUUAUCUACUUCAUCUCCCUGGUUCUGGAGAAUCUUGCACUGUCUGUCAAUGGUAAUGAAGAUCUUGUGUACUGUCUAAAGGGAUGGAAUCGAGCACUGAGCAUGUCAAAGAGUGGUGACAAUAGCUGGGCUUUAUUUGCAAAAUCUGUCCUUGACCGAACCCGACUUGCUCUUGCAAACAAAGCAGAGUGGUAUCAUCAUCUAUUGCAGCCAUCUGCAGAGUACCUUGGAUCAAAACUUGGGGUGGAUCCGUGGGCUGUGAACAUAUUCACUGAAGAAAUUAUACGUGCUGGAUCAGCAGCUUCCUUAUCAUCACUUCUUAAUCGACUCGACCCCGUUCUUCGCAAAACUGCUCAUUUGGGAAGUUGGCAGAUUAUCAGCCCAGUUGAGGCUGUUGGAUACGUUGUUGUUGUAGACAAACUGCUCUCUGUUCAAAACAUAAUUUAUGAAAAGCCAACUAUUUUGGUGGCAAAAUCCGUUAAAGGUGAGGAGGAAAUUCCUGAUGGCACAGUUGCUGUGCUGACACCAGACAUGCCGGAUGUUCUUUCCCAUGUUUCUGUUCGAGCGAGGAACAGCAAGGUAUGUUUUGCAACUUGCUUUGAUCCCAGUGUUCUGGCUGAUCUUCAAGCAAAAGAAGGAAAGGUCUUGAGAUUAAAACCUACAUCUGCUGAUAUAAUCUACAGUGAGGAGAAAGAAGUUGAACUCCAGAGUUCAGCUGACUUGCUGGAGAUUGGCCCUUCACAAUCUUUAACAUUGAUAAAAAAACAUUUUGCUGGUAGAUAUGCAAUAACUUCUGAGGAAUUCACUAGUGAAUUGGUUGGAGCUAAAUCUCGUAACAUUGCAAAUCUUCAAGGAAAAGUCCCAUCUUGGAUUGGCAUCCCCACUUCAGUUGCCCUCCCAUUUGGAGUUUUUGAGAAAGUUCUUUCUGACGAUAUUAAUCAGGGAGUGGAAGCAAAGUUACAAGCUCUGAAGAAAAAGUUAUCUGAAGGAGAUUUCAGUGUCCUUCUCGAUAUCCGAAACGCAGUUCUAGAACUUUCAGCGCCACCUCAGCUGAUCAAUGAGCUGAAAGACAAUAUGCAAAAUUCUGGCAUGCCAUGGCCUGGUGAUGAAGGUCCAGAACGUUGGGAACAAGCAUGGACAGCAAUAAAAAAGGUGUGGGCCUCAAAGUGGAACGAGAGAGCAUAUUUCAGCACAAGGAAGGUCAAACUAGACCAUGAUUCUCUUUGCAUGGCCGUCCUUGUUCAAGAAAUAAUCAAUGCUGACUAUGCGUUUGUUAUUCAUACCACUAAUCCAUCAUCAGGGGAUGUGUCCGAGAUAUAUGCUGAGGUUGUAAAGGGCCUCGGAGAAACACUAGUUGGGGCAUAUCCGGGCCGUGCUUUGAGUUUUGUCAGCAAGAAGAACAAUCUGAACUCUCCUCAGAUUCUAGGUUACCCAAGCAAGCCCAUAGGCCUUUUCAUCAGACAAUCUAUCAUCUUUCGCUCCGACUCCAAUGGUGAAGAUCUAGAAGGCUAUGCCGGUGCUGGUCUUUAUGAUAGUGUGCCAAUGGAUGAAGAAGAGAAAGUUGUAAUCGACUACUCAUCUGAUCCAUUAAUAACCGACAACAAUUUCCGCCAUUCAAUCCUCUCUAACAUUGCCCGUGCCGGAAGUGUGAUUGAAGAGCUUUACGGAUCACCUCAAGACAUUGAAGGCGUCGUGAAAGAUGGGAAAAUCUUUGUUGUCCAGACACGGCCACAGAUGUGAUUGACCGUACCAGGUCAGUCAAGCUUGCAGUUCAUAAAUUAUUCGCGAAAGAUUCAAAAGAGCAUUUCUAUAGAUGCAAGUUACACCAGGGAGAUGAAAACAUAGAAAUAAUGCAAAACCCAACAGGUAUACAUACAAUACUUGAAUGAAUGAAUUCUUAUUGUACUCAUAAUUGUGUUGCUGAAUUUCAUGUAUUAUAAAAGAAUCUUAAAUAAAAAUUGUUGUAUGCGUAACAAGACCUUGUCUGGUUGUACUGAGUUUCAUGUCACAAACUAGAGAAUUUGUUUGUAAAAAUGUUGUCUAUAUAGAGACGUGUUUGUUUGUAAUCCCUUCUCAUUUGCUUUUGAGUUUAUAUAUUUCCCAGGACUUGAAAUAUAUACUCACCCGUCCU